GGAUCCUCUCCGCCUCUCCACAUAUUACACUCUACAGAUAGCCGUCGUCCUUCAUCUAGGACUAUGGAUCAACAAGGCCAGUCCGGGCCACCAGGCCCCGGAGGGCGCAAACUCCAUAUCGCUCAUCGGAGAAGUCCCUCUGAGCUGACCCCUUUGAUGAUGGAACAACUGGCCAUUCAGCAACAGAUUGAGCUACUCCAGCAGCAGCAGCAACAGAUUGCUGCCACACAUCAACAGUACGUUAACAUGGGCCUGCUCCAGCCUCAGCAGCUGGGUCAGGUCAACGCCUUUUCUCCCGGCGGAAACAUGGGUGGUGUUUCUCCUCAGGUCAACAACGCCUUCCAGUUCCCCCAGCAGCAACCACAGCAGCUCGGGGCUUCAAUGCACGCGCCACCAAACCACUCGCACCGCCGCAAUCAGUCCGCUCUGCCUGGUCUCCCGAUGGGCCCGCCUCCUGCUCCAUCCUCGGGGGCCUCCGGUUACGCCGAUCAAAACCAGCAAGGCCCCAACCACCGAAACGAGAAUAACAACCAGGGCCGUGGUCGUGGAGGCCCACCCGGCGGUGGUCACCAGCGCCGCCACUCUCUGGCUCUCCCAGAAGCCAAGAAGGCCGCCGAGCUUGCCCAGCAGAAGAGAACCGCCUCGGGCUUCCAGUUCCCAGCUCCUGCCCCUGGUGCCAGUGGGUCGGAGGGCCAGUCGGACGACAAGCCCGCUUCUAGCACUUCUCCUGCACCGCAGGGCCUCGGUAUGCAGCGCGCUGGGAACAUGCGGGCUGGCGGUCACGGUCGAAGCCAAUCCAUGGCUAUUGGCGGCAACCGCGGCUCCAUCUCUGGCCGCGGUGCCGGCGGAUUCCAGUUCCCCGCUCCCAGUGAUGCUGGAUCAUCCGACAACCAACGCCGGCCCAGCCAGCCCGGCCACGCUCGCACCGGAUCCCGAAACUUUGACGGCAAUUGGCGCCAGCCCAAUAACCAGAACCAGGGACAAGACCAACAGAAGAACUUCGGCCAGCAGCAGCAACAGCAGCAGCAGGGUGGUUUCCAGCCUGGUCACCGCUCCCGGCCGUCCAUGAACCAGUCUAUGGGCUCCAUCGGCCAGUUCCAGUACCCUGGUCAACUGAUCCAGCUGCCCCAGGGCCAGGUCAUGAUGGCACCUCCUCAAAUGUUCGGUGGUCAGCAGCUGAACCCUCUCCAGCUCGCACAGCUCCAGGCCCUGCAGCAACAGAAUGGUCAGGCCAUGGGCGGUCUUCAGGUCAGCCAGCACGCUCCGCCGCAGCUGUCUGUUCAGCAGCAGCAGCAGCAGCAGCAGCGGAAGACCCUCUUCACUCCCUACCUGCCCCAGGCCAAUCUUCCCGCACUCAUUAGCAACGGCCAAUUGGUUGCCGGUGUCCUGCGUGUGAAUAAGAAGAACCGCUCCGACGCGUAUGUGACCACCCCUGAUCUGGAUGCCGACAUUUUCAUAUGUGGUAGCAAGGACCGUAACCGCGCCCUUGAGGGUGACUACGUUGCGGUCGAGCUCCUCGAUGUGGAUGAAGUCUGGUCGCAAAAGAAGGAAAAGGAGGAGAAGAAGAAGCGCAAGGAUAUCACCGAUGCGCGGUCAGGCAGCAAUGCCGGAAAUGACAAGCUGGGUCGCUCCGACUCCAAUGGCGAUAGGCAAGAAAUUGGCCCGGAUGGAAGCAUCCGUCGCCGUGGCAGUCUUCGCCAGCGUCCUACGCAGAAGAAGAAUGACGAUGUCGAGGUCGAGGGACAGUCCCUUCUGCUCGUUGAGGAGGAUGAGAUCAGUGACGAGCAGAAGCCCUUGUAUGCUGGACAUGUUGUUGCGGUCGUUGAACGCAUUGCGGGUCAGAUGUUCUCCGGUACUCUUGGUCUCCUUCGCCCCAGCAGCCAGGCAACCAAGGAAAAGCAAGAGGCUGAGCGGCAAGCCAGAGAUGGUGCCCACGGCCGUAACCAAGACCGUCACCAGGAGAAGCCCAAGAUCGUCUGGUUCAAGCCUACCGACAAGCGUGUGCCUUUGAUUGCCAUUCCGACUGAGCAGGCUCCGCGAGACUUUGUGGAGAAGCACCAGGACUACGCCAACCGCAUCUUCGUCGCCUCUAUUAAGCGUUGGCCCAUCACCUCUCUGCACCCCUUCGGUACGCUUGUUGAGCAGCUUGGAGAGAUGGGUGACCUUCGCGUCGAGACGGAUGCUCUCCUCCGUGACAACAACUUUGGAUCUGACGAGUUUUCUGAUGCCGUUCUGAAGAGCAUCGGCUGGGAGGAUUGGUCAGUUGCUAAUGAUGCCGAGGCCCUAGCUACUCGCCGUGACUUCCGUGAAGAGACCGCCUUCACCAUUGACCCGCAAGACACCAAGGCACUUGAGGAUGCUUUCCACGUCAAGAAGCUGGGCGACGGAAAGGUCGAGAUUGGUGUCCACGUCGCUGACAUUGCGCACUUCGUCAAGGGCAACUCUCUUGUGGAUCGCGAGGCCAAGAAGCGCGGCACUGCUGUCUACCUGGUUGACCGCAUAAUGAACAUGCUUCCCCCUCGUGUCUCCAAUGAGCUCUGCUCUCUUCUUCCCGGUGAAGACCGCCUAACUGUCAGCGUUGUCUUCAAGGCCAGCCUUGAGACUGGCGCGGUCGAUGACGAUGUCUGGAUUGGCAAGGGUGUCAUCAAGAGCGCAGGCCAUCUCACCUACGAGGAGGUGAACUCAGUUAUCACUGGCAAGUCGAGCGCGACCGGUGCCGGCAUCACUAACGACAGCAUUCAGUUGCUGAGCACCGCUGCAAACAAGUUCCGGGAUGCUCGUUUCGGCAACCGUGCUGCUAAAGUCCCUAGCCUGCGUCUGCUCCAGCAGCUUGAUGAUGAGAAUGUGCCCGUUGAGUACAACAUCUUCGAUUCUACCCCGGCCCAUGAACUCGUCGAAGAACUGAGCCGCCAGGCCAACUUCUUCGUGGCUCGCAAGCUGGCUAGUGCAAUGCCUGAGAAGGCAUUCCUUCGCCGCCAGGAUCCCCCUAGCUCGCGCCGUCUCACGCUGUUUGUGGAGAGAAUGAACCGUCUUGGUUUCGGUCUCGAUGCAUCCAGCAGUGGAACCUUGCAGAGCAGCCUGUGCAAGGUGGAAGAUGUCGAUCUUCGCAAGGGUAUGGAAGUUCUCCUCGCGAAGGCCAUGCAGCGGGCCAAGUACUUCGUUGGAUCUGGCUCCGCCGACGAGCAGCGCCAGCACUACACCUUGAAUGUGCCCGUGUACACUCACUUCACCAACCCGUCUCGCCGCUACGCCGAUGUUCUCGUGCACCGUCAGCUUGAGGCAGUUCUCUCGGAGGGUGCUAUCGAGUUCACCGACGACAUGGAGUCCUUGAACAAGACUGCCGACCUUUGCAACAACAAAAAGGACUCGGCUCUCAACGCACAGGAACAAAGUGUCCACAUCGAGGCCUGUCGCAAAAUGGAUCGCAAGGUCCACGAGAUUGGCGGCGAUCUCAUCAGCGAGGGUAUUGUCCUUUGCGUAUACGAAUCCGCCUUCGACGUUCUUAUUCCCGAGUAUGGCUUCGAGAAGCGUGUGCACUGCGACCAGCUGCCUCUAAAGAAGGCCGAGUACCGCAAGGACUCUCGCGUGCUUGAACUCUACUGGGAGAAGGGCGUUCCCUCAUCUGCAUUUGUCCCCGAGGAUGAGCGCCCCAAACCCGGCAACUCUCGUGCUGCUCAGGCUGCUGCUGCUGCUCGAGAGGCUGAAGCUGCAAAGCAGCGUGCUCGUGAACAUGAUGAGGCUAUGCGGAAGCAGACUGAGACUGGAACAAUGUCUGCUGACGAUGUUGAUGCCCUCUUCGAUGAUGACGAGGAAGUAGACGAGGUGACCGAGGCGGCCGCCGGCGUUUCUUUGAACUCGGCUGACCGGUCGACCCAGAGCAUGCCGCCGUCUCCCACCCGCAACGGCCACCUCCAACAGGGUCCUCACCGUACUCGAUCCGACCCCAAGAUCGCCUCGAGCACCAGCGAUGCGCCCGAGAACAAGUUGACCAACAAGGAGAAGUACUUGAAGCUCUUCAAGCUCCGCGAGGAGAAUGGAGACUUCAUCCAGGAUGUCACGGAGAUGACUCGCCUCCCCAUCAUCCUGAAGACUGACCUGAGCAAGAGCCCGCCAUGCCUGACUGUUCGCUCUGUCAACCCUUACGCCCUGUAAAGGAGUCGAAGGGCGGUUAAUUUCUCCUUCCUUGGGAUAUAUUAUUGCAUGCCUAUCCUGCAGAUUCUUUGGGCGUGUCGGACAUCUUCAAAGUGUUCACAGACACCUACGGACAUAAUUCCUCCUCAGACACGCGGAUCGAACAUAUCAUUAUCGGGAAUUUUCUUCCUGGUAUUCCCCUUUUUUGCACCCGGUAGUCAAUCCUCAGUUGUGCUGCCAUCUAUCCGACGUGUCAUGGGGCGCGUAUACUUAGUGUUUUGUUAUAUGUUGUGCAGCGGUUGUCUGAUUUUGUUAUCCUCUUAUUGAGAGUAUCUGGGUCGUCUCCCGGAGAGAGAAAGUAUUGUUCCCAUCUGAGCUUGUCUCGGUCCCCUUUCCUGGUCCGUUCCCUUUGCUUUUGACAAAAGGUCGGGAUUUGUGGCCCUCGAGAAGAUUGGCGAUUCGAGGGGAAAAUUGAUUAAAGCUUGAUAGUCUUUCCAUUAAUCAGGUAUUUACA